CCCCCAACUCCGGCGAUGGACGCGGCGGCGGCGGCACCGGGCGCCGCGGCGGGAGGGCAGCAGCAGCAGCAGCAACCGGCGGCUCCCCGGGCGGAGCGGCUGAACGCGGAGGUGCACAACCAGUUGAACCUGGAGGGCAUGCGGGCGCGCGCGGUGGGGCUCUACAAGGCCAUCUCCCGCAUCCUCGAGGACUUCGACGCCAUCGGCCGCGUCAACCCCAGCGCCUCCCCCAAGUGGCAGGACGUGCUCGGGCAGUUCUCCAUGGUGAGCAUGGAGCUCUUCAACAUCGUGGAGGACAUCAAGAAGGUGAACAAGGGGUUCGUCGUGUACCCCAGGAACGUCAACGCCGAGAACGCUGCAAUACUGCCUGUGAUGCUGUCCUCAAAGCUCUUACCGGAGAUGGAAGUCGAGGAAACUACAAAGAGGGAACAGUUGUUAUCUGGAAUAACGAAUCUACCUGUGCCUUCUCAAAUGGAAAAGUUAAAGGCUCGGAUAGAGAUGAUUGCGAGUGCGUGUGAAACUGCUGAGAGAGUAAUUGCCGAGUGCCGCAAGAGUUAUGGUCUAGGAGCCCGUCAGGGGGCAAAUCUUGGUCCUAUGUUGGACAAGGCACAAGCUGCAAAGAUACAGGAGCAGGAAAGUCUACUUAGAGCGGCAGUAAAUUAUGGUGAAGGAUUGCGGGUAUCGGGAGACCAGAGGCAGAUGCAUUCAUCUCUUCCUAGCCAUCUAAUGGAAGUACUUGCUACUGGAGACGGGGCUCAUAAUUUUGGUGAUAAUUCUGGUGCCUAUCCCAAAAAUACACCAGCAUUUUCACCUAAUAAUGUCAACGCCCAGGGAAAUCCAAUGCAGGCAUCUGGAGGACAAUUACUUGGCAGAUCUGCUCCAUCGCCUGGAACUGCCGGAACCCCUAAUUUUGAAAAUGUGUCUACUCCUCCAAUGCCAUAUGCUAACUCCCCUAGGUCAGGCACCAAUAUGAUGAAUACCCCUUCACCGCAGCAACAUCUGACACCACAGCAGCAGAGGCAAAAGCUGAUGCAAGCAUCUCAGCAACAGCAGCAGCAGCUGAGGCCAUCAGCUGCUGGGAUGCUAGCACAGAGCUCGGUUCCUCAGUUACAAGAUCUACAGGGGCAAGCUCAACAAAAAGUACAGGUCUCUGGCCAACAGCAGAUGCAGUACAGCCAAGCACAAGCCUUGUCACAGUUUCAGAAUAGGCAGAUGCAGGCACGCAUGCAGCCAGGCAUGUCUCAGAGCCAAUUGAACCAAGGAAAUCAGUUGAGAAGCCAUCUGGGCCAGUUCACUGGAGCUGCAAACAGUGCAAUGUUUACUGCUGCACAAGCAUCUUCAAACUCACAAAUGAUGGCAAACAUACCUGGGACUAUGCAAACAAUGCAGUCACAGUCAAUGAUGCCGCAAAUGCAGCAGUUUGGUUUGACUGGUGGGCAUCCUCAGAGGAGUCAUCAAAUGAUGACCGACCAAAUGUACAGUAUGGGAGGCGCAAAUACCACGAGCAUGAUGGGAAUGCAAAUGCAACAGCAACAGCAGCAGCAGCAGCAGCAAGGGCUAUAUGGGAACAUGCAAGGAGGCGGUCAGAGCCUGCAGCAGCAGGGCAUGGUGGGCCUUCAGAACCAGCAGCAGCAGGGCAUGGUGGGCCUUCAGAACCAGCAGCAGAACCAGAUGCAAAACCAGAUGCAAAACCAGCUGCAGAAUCAGAUGCCGAACCCGAACUUCUCCCAGCAGAGGCAGCAAAACCAGCAAUGAUUCAUUCAAGCGGGCUGACUAACCGAGUGUUGCCAAAGCGAGACACGGUUCCUGGCCAGAGUCGAGGCAGUAUUGGCUGGACGAUGUUACCCCUGACGACGCAUCGUUUCGUUGGUUUCUCCCUGUGUGCAGUUAUGACCACGGGCUACCAACGAUUCACCAUUGGUUUUGCUUGCGUCCAGUGGCUGUGCACGUUCAAGUGGUCAUGAUUGGUCGCCAUCGUUGUAAAUCGAAGCUAGAUGUAUCGACUAGAGUAGCCUGCGGGCUGGAAUUCGUUGCAAACUAUGGCGUGGUCGGAUAAGUAUGUAUGGACGCUCAUUCUUCAGUCUUAAAUAUAACCUGAAGUCCCGAACUCAGAUCCAGGACAAUUCUUGAGUUUCA